GGCCGCUCUCGCAAGGCAAACAUUACCCUUUUUUUCCUUUUUUCCUUUCUGCCCUUGGAACCGCGUACAGCCGGCCAGGCCAGGCAAGCCCUUAUUGUCGAGCUGUUUUUCUCCUGCUUCGAAGCUGACUAGCUUUCGGCCAUUUUCUGGAUCCCUAACUUCACUUUAGGCAGUGAUGACCGCUGAGCACCGCAGAACAACAUCAAGUCAAUGGCCCUGAGCCUGGGCAAUCCUCGUGGAUGGACCGUCGAGAAUGUUGCUGCUCCAGCACCAGCUCCAGCUCCAGCAUCAACCCAGGCGCCCGCCUCUGCCUCUGCUCUUCUCGAGGCGCGCGAAGGCCCCGCUCCCGCUCAGUGGCAGGCGGUGAAGGAGGAGAUCCGGAUCCUGUAUGAAAAGCACCCCUUGCGAGAUGUCAGGAGGAUACUAUUAGACCGGCACAAUUUCCGCGCAACGGAGCGGAUGUAUAAAGCCCGACUGUCGCAGUGGGGAAUCAGUAAGAACUACUCCGACAAGGACUAUCAGAUAUGUGCGGUGCUGCACCACACUCGCCAAAAAAGCGGUAAACGGUCGACGGCGUUUGUGAUCCAUGGCCACAAACGCUCCCUCAAGGACCUCAACAAAUACAUCAAGGGGCGGAAGAUGACCGAGGAGGAUUUCCUCGCCUCUGCCCUUGCUAAUGUCAAAUGUAGUACCGCCGCAGACCAACAGCAAGAGCAAUAUGCUCAUGUGCGAGCCUAUACCCCCGAGCCUGAGGCAGAAGCCGAAGAAGCACCGCCUCCCUCGUCCGCUCCCAGAGGACGGCCGCCGGCCGAGAUCGCAGCAAACGUCCCUUCGGCCAAGGAUUCGCCCAGGGGAGCUGCGUCAGAGUCGGUCUCGAGUGUGCCAGGACCAGGACCAGGACCAGCCUCGUGUUCCACAGCCCCCACCUCCGCUUUCGCCCACCAACAUUCCCCGACUAGUCCUUCGCAGCGGUGGUCACCCCACCACGCAGCCUCGCCAUAUCUCCCGCUGGCCGUGUCACCGCCUCAAAGGCACGGUCCUUAUUUCCCAUCCAAGGAAAGCACCACCACCACCACCUACUCGUCGGAUGCUUCACCCUCUUUGUCGUCACGCGCCCAUGCCGUCUCUUCUCCCCAGGAUGCCCCGUUGUCGGCGGCUCUGUCUUAUACUUAUCCUGCCCCCUAUGAACCCCUGGCCACCGUGGAAGACCAGGUCCGCCAUGCUGGCACGGUCUACGACACUAGCCCCGUCAUGACCUGCAACCAAUUGGGCCGAGACGUGGAAUACAUGGCACUACAGCUAGUCGACGCCCCGCCCUUGAAGUCCCUUUGCGGCCACGACGACAUCCGGAGCUGGGCACUAUUGUUCGCCGACAGCUCGUCCGAGGACUCGAUGGACUAUGAACAGAUCUGUCCGACAUGCCAUGAAUCCACCCGCGAACAUUUUAUCAGUCUCCCAAAUCUGGAGAUGCCUCAGUUACCACGCAAUAUUCUGAACGCCACCCAGGAUUUACCGGAAAGCACCAUCUCCAUCCCCGCAAGCUCACGCGGUCACGAGCAUUCGUGGAAGUGGGUGGCGCGGUGCUUCGCCGCCUGCAUCUAUCUGCGAAGAGGCAACCAUACGUUAUCGCAACGAAGUCUCGCCGACGCGGACGCCGAGUUCAAGAAGAUGCUCGUGCCGCGACAAGAUCCUAAAGUUUUAUUGGCGCUCAACCAGACACUACAGAUCCUCCAGAUGCACGAUCAAGGGGACAUCACCAAGACGAUUAUGCAGAGUGCGUAUCUGGUGGCGGAACGGUUACUGGGGCCGAGUCACCCGCUCACGACCAUUGUGCGGUGGAUGGUCUACGUGGCGAACGGACAGAUGCGUAACCACGACAUCACGAGCGAAACGCUCCGCGGGGUGCACGAGCAGUUCGUCCAGCACUACGGCCAGGAAGAUCCGCGGGCCAUCGCGUCCAAGUAUUGCUAUGGGUUCAUGUUAAACGUGGAGUGGAAGCUCCAAGAAGCCGAGCAGGUCUUGCGCGAGGUCUACAAGGUUUCGUCGACGGCACUGGGGCCCAAACACUUGCAGUCCAUCUCGGCGCUGACGAAUCUGCAUCGCUCCCUGGAGCGGCAGAACCGCAUCGACGAGGCGGUGUCGGUCCUCCGCUGCGCGAUCCGGGACUCGAAGGAUACGCUGGGCGACAAUCACCCGCGAAGACUGGAGAGUCUCCGGUUACUUGCCCUGCUGUAUAAGCAACAGGGGCAUCUCGACCUGACCGAGGAGUUGUACUGGCAAGUCCUCGAAGGGCGCGUCAAGAUGCUGGGCAAGAACCACACGUUUACCCAGGGCAUGAAGCGCGGCCUGGAAGACCUGCUCAAGGAGAGGGGGAAGUGGACGGUGGAAGAGAGGCGGCCGGGGAAGCGAGGCGACGGGUCCGUGGAGGUCGUGGUCGCCGAAAGCAAUUCCCAGCUGCGCUUGCAGGAUCUCUUCGAGUGGGAUGUUCACGAGCAAUGGGACGACGCGAGGAGCGAUGGCGGCAGCAGUGAGACGGGGAGUGAUCACGCGGCAUUCUGAGCGUUUUUUUGUUUUUGUUUUUGUUUUUUUGGCCCACCGUUUUCCUUUUCGGUGCGUGGAAUGGGGGUUUUUAUUCGGGACACGGUUUUACAAGUAGUUCUACAUGACCCAGGGGGGGUGUUUACUGGCCAUUGGGGGAGUUUUCCCUCGUGGCGGCCCUAACAUUACAGAAAGAAGAAAUAUCAAGUCGCGUGGACGUGCGGGAAGAGGGGGAGAGAGAGAGGACGAAAAGCCACUGACGUCGUGAGGCAGAGUGGUCGCACGGCCGGAGUGCAGGGGCGAGAAGUUGACUACCUAGUAGCUAACCUGUUGUAUCUGGGAUCGGACGAGAGAGGGAUGUUUGCGGAAGGAGAUUCGAGAGAGGGAACAACGGGGAGGUGGAUGGAUGCUGUUGCGAGUUGCCUAUGCCUACCUACUACUCUAUACUCGCCAGACGUUAUAAAGCAUACCUAAGUACCGAGUGG